UCGCGUCUCUCUCUCUCUUUCUCUAUUUAUUUUUCCCAAAACUCAAACCCUACCGUUAGGUUCAUUUCAUUCAUCAAUCAACCAUCAAUAGAGCAGUGUAGUAUCCACUACAGUGCUUCGUCUUCCAUCUUUCCGUUCAUCACUCCUCAUACGAUGUCGUAUCGUCCAACUGCAAACUCCAGGACCGAGGUCCGUCGCAAUCGAUACAAAGUCGCCGUCGAUGCCGAAGAAGGCCGCCGACGCCGUGAGGACACCAUGGUUGAGAUCCGCAAGAAUCGUAGGGAAGAGAGUUUGCUCAAAAAGAGACGCGAGGGUCUUCAACCUCAGCAGAUUCCUUCCUCCAUUCACUCCGUCGUAGAGAAGAAGUUGGAAAAUUUACCAUCCAUGGUUGCUGGUGUUUGGAGUGAUGAUAAUAAUUUGCAGCUUGAGUCAACAACUCAGUUUCGAAAGCUGCUUUCUAUUGAACGUACUCCACCGAUUGAGGAGGUUAUACAGACGGGUGUUGUUUCUCGUUUUGUUGAGUUUUUGAUGAGGGAGGAUUUUCCACAGUUGCAGUUUGAGGCAGCUUGGGCCUUGACAAAUAUAGCUUCUGGAACGUCUGAAAACACCAAAGUGGUAAUUGACCAUGGCGCUGUCCCAAUUUUUGUGAAGCUCCUUGCUUCUUCUAGUGACGAUGUCCGUGAACAGGCAGUUUGGGCAUUAGGAAAUGUUGCUGGGGAUUCUCCUAAAUGUCGUGAUCUUGUUCUCGGCCAGGGGGCUUUGAUUCCUCUUUUGGCACAAUUGAAUGAACAUGCCAAGCUUUCUAUGCUGAGAAAUGCUACUUGGACACUUUCAAACUUCUGCAGAGGCAAGCCACAGCCCCCUUUUGAUCAGGUUAAACCUGCACUUCCUGCCCUUGCUGGUCUUAUUCAUUCAAAUGAUGAAGAAGUCUUGACUGAUGCCUGCUGGGCACUUUCAUAUCUUUCUGACGGUACAAAUGAUAAAAUUCAAGCUGUAAUUGAAGCUGGUGUUUGUCCCCGACUUGUGGAGCUUCUACUGCACCCAUCUCCUUCAGUGUUGAUUCCUGCUCUUCGCACUGUUGGAAACAUAGUCACUGGAGAUGAUAUGCAAACUCAGGUUAUCAUCAAUCACCAGUCUCUUCCUUGCUUAUUUAAUCUGUUGACCAAUAAUUAUAAAAAAAGCAUCAAGAAGGAAGCUUGUUGGACCAUAUCAAACAUUACAGCUGGGAAUAAACAACAGAUUCAGGCUGUGAUUGAGGCCAAUAUAUUCGGUCCUUUGGUGACCCUGCUUCAAAAUGCUGAGUUUGAUAUUAAGAAAGAGGCUGCUUGGGCUAUCUCAAAUGCUACAUCUGGUGGAUCUCACGAACAAAUCAAGUACCUAGUAGAGCAAGGGUGUAUUAAGCCAUUGUGUGAUCUUCUUAUCUGUCCGGAUCCUAGAAUUGUGACAGUUUGUCUGGAAGGGCUUGAAAACAUCUUGAAGGUUGGAGAAGCUGAUAAAAAUAUUGGCAACACUGGUGACGUGAAUCUCUAUGCCCAAUUGAUUGAUGAUGCCGAGGGGUUGGAGAAAAUUGAAAACCUCCAGAGUCACGACAACACUGAGAUUUAUGAGAAGGCUGUGAAGCUUCUUGAGACAUACUGGUUGGAGGAAGAAGAUGAAACUAUGCCUCCAGGGGAUGCUUCUCAAGGAGGAUUCAACUUUGGUAGCACUGAUGUUCCUUCUGUGCCUUCUGGAGGGUUCAACUUCAAUCAGUAGAUUGUUCUCGCCUUAAUGAGGGCAAUGUCUUAUAUUUAGCCUUUUCUGGAGUUUUGGCUGGUCUAUCAUUAAAGUCCUACAGUAUACAGGACAAAGCUGGGGUCAAAUGAAUGUGUUGUUUCUGUGUUCAACAAGGUCCAACAUUGGUAAAUAGAGUGUUGCUGGAUUGGCUCGGGUAUUACAAUGCCUGUUUUUUCAUAUCUCAUGGUGACAGAUGUGUGGUGGCUUGAUAUUUUUAGCCAUCGUCGAAAAUACUAGACAUCUCUGAAGUGAUGAUUACAUAAAAUGAAUGUUCCGUAUCAUGAUUUAUUUUUUCUUCGAUAUAUGUAGUUUGGAGUUGCUUAAGUCUUAGUUAUACAAUUGUGGGUCUUUUUGGCAAAAUGCCAUAUGGUCGAGUUUUUACCGGUCCGUCCGCACCUAUGAAUUUUUUGGUCGAUGAAGUUUACCCUAGAGUGCAGCUAUUCAUUAUGUUAUCUAUAUCUAGUGUCCUUUUUUGUUGAUGAAAGUUUGUUUUGCAAUGUCCUAAAACAGGAAAUAGUAUGAUGCAAUCAUUUUGUAUUAUAUAUAGUUUCACGAAGGGCAUGUAUUUCUAUA